AGGGAGACAGCGGGCAUGAACGGGGGGGCAAGAAGGAGCUGUUGAGAAGCAAAAAGAAGGAGCGGAACGACGAGAAGAAAGACAAGGGUUACGCAGCGCUUGGAGAAGACAGCUCGCCAGACGACACGGAGGGCCAGGACACAAGGAAUCCUUUGAAGCCCAAGAAGCAAAAAUCCUUCAAGUUCCUCCACAAGAGAGAGAAAGAGGAGGAGGAGGACAGGAUGGAGAAGAGGAAGGAGAACGUGGAGAGAAAGAUUGACAAGCGGAAGGAGAAGGAGGAGAAAAAGAGGUUUAAGAAGGACAUGAAGAAGAAGGAGGAACAGGAGGAAGAGGCAGUGCCAGUGUUUGAAGUGCCACUGUGCCUGGCCGUCCAGCGCUGCCCGGCACACGAUGGCAUCCAGCUGCCCGCCAUUGUCAGGGAGUGCAUUGACCAGAUAGAGGUCUCCACUGUGAGGGCAUCUACAGGCUGAGUGGCGUCAAGAGCAAAGCACAUCAACUGCGUCGCCUCUACAACACUGGGGAGGGUGUGAGGCUGUGUGACCAGGAGCCGCACGUCAUCGCAUCCCUCCUCAAGCAGUACCUCAGGGAGUUGCCGGAGCCAGUGUUGACGUCGGACAUGAUGCCACACUUUGAGGACGUAGCGAUGAUUCCUAACCCCGGGGAGCGCGCCGAGGCCAUGCGCCAGCUGAUCAACCGCCUGCCAACCGCCAACCGCCUGCUGCUCCAAUACAUGUUCAAGCAUAUGGGACACAUCAUUGCAAGGGUAACUAGGGAUUUUCUUUAUGGUACUU